CGCCUUUAGUGAAACCAACGAGAGGACACCCCCUGCAUCUAGAGCAGCCCGACCAGGAGCGUAACCGGGUGGCGCGCGAACGUGAGAGGAAAGCCGUGCGCGGCUGCGCUUUCCCGCCUCUGAGCCGUUCUAGAUGCGGGAAAAAUGCUUUCUGAAAGCAGUUCAUUUUUGAAGGGUGUGAUGCUCGGAAGCAUUUUCUGUGCCUUGAUCACUAUGCUAGGACACGUUAGGAUUGGUCAUGGAAGUAGAAUGCACCAGCAUGAGCAUCAUCACCUGCAAGCGCCUAAUAAAGAAGAUAUCUUGAAAAUUUCAGAGGAUGAACGUAUGGAGCUCAGUAAGAGCUUUCGGGUAUACUGUAUCAUCCUUGUAAAACCCAAAGAUGUGAGUCUUUGGGCUGCAGUGAGGGAGACUUGGACCAAACACUGUGACAAAGCAGAGUUCUUCAGUUCUGAAAAUGUUAAAGUGUUUGAGUCAAUUAACAUGGAAACAGAUGACAUGUGGCUAAUGAUGAGGAAAGCUUACAAAUAUGCCUUUGAUAAAUAUAGAGACCAAUACAACUGGUUCUUCCUUGCACGCCCCACUACGUUUGCUAUUAUUGAAAACUUAAAGUAUUUUUUGUUAAAAAAGGAUCCAUCACAACCUUUCUAUCUAGGCCACAGUAUAAAAUCUGGAGACCUUGAAUAUGUGAGUGUAGAAGGAGGCAUCGUCUUAAGUAUAGAAUCAAUGAAAAGACUUAACAGCCUCCUCGGUAUCCCCGAAAAGUGUCCUGAACAGGGAGGGAUGAUUUGGAAGAUAUCUGAAGAUAAGCAGCUAGCAGUCUGCCUGAAAUAUGCUGGAGUGUUUGCAGAAAAUGCAGAAGAUUCUGAAGGAAAAGAUGUAUUUAAUACCAAAUCCAUUGGGCUUUUUAUUAAAGAGGCAAUGACUAAUCACCCCAACCUUGUGGUUGAAGGAUGCUGUUCAGAUACGGCUGUUACUUUUAAUGGACUGACUCCUAAUCAGAUGCAUGUGAUGAUGUAUGGGGUAUACCGUCUUAGGGCAUUUGGGCAUAUUUUCCACGAUGCAUUGGUUUUCUUACCUCCAAAUGGUUCUGACAAUGACUGAGAAGUGAAAGAAAAACAUGUAUACGAUCACCGUCUAGGACAGGUAUUGUCACUAUUUGUAGUAACGACUACAUAUCCAACACAACAGUAUGUUUCUUUUUCUUUUUUAGUUUGGUGGCACUGGUUUAGUUGCACAUUAAAGUUUAGUGGUACAUUUUUAAAGAGGGUGGGGUUUUUUCCCUUAAAACACGUGACAAUUUCA